AUGACAAGCCAUAUUGGGUCAAAUUCUGAAGAUAUGGCGAACUUUAUAUAUAUUAAUGCUAUUUCGAAACGGAAUACAGCUUACAGUGCUGUUAGAGAAACCAAAAACUCUGACCAGUAUUACAACGUAUGUUCUUCCAAACUUUCAGUAAUAAAGAAUAAAAAGAAACCUGUCGUUAUGGAACAAAAACAAAAGCAAGAUAUAUCAAUCACAUCAGAAAAGAUCGUCUAUCCAUUACAAGCAGUUAUGAGUGAUUCUAAAAUAGCAAUUAAUGAGGAACAAAAAGGUAUCAAUAAGACUAUAUCAUUUUCGUCACUUUAUGGUAAACGAAACAAUCCAUUAAAGUACAUAUUUGGCGAUCCGAACGGUUCAUUCGGUAAUAAGGUUUAUUACAUUGGUUAUUUUUCUGUUAAAAAUGAUAGUUCCAGUCCAAAUUCUACGAAAGUAUCAGACGAUGAAAAUGUACAAAAACGUAGUCAAUCAAUAAAAAAGUUUAAAUUCAAGAAAUGUGACAGCGAUUGUAAAGGAGGACGAGGUGCCAGUGCAAAUAGUGAAAUUUCUUUAAGCUUGUCAGAAGAAGCUGCUAAAAUUAAUGUAACAAAAUGUCAAGAAAUUGAUUGUAAUGAAAGAGAUCAUCGGAAAUUACCUCCACCACCCGAUGAACGCAUUCUUUUGGACUUGUCUAAUAUAAGAAAUAAUUGUUGUAUUGAAACUGAAGAAAAAAUUGAAGAAGUGAUAGGUGAACUUAAAGCUAAAAUGAAAAUUGGGGAAGAUCCAUGUUUUUGUACUUGUGAAUGUACAUUUGGCUUCACUAGGAAAACUACUUAUUGUAAUGUUUGUGGUGGGUAUGAGGUAGCUGGUGAUGAGCUUGCUAAGAAAACUAUACAAGAAAUGCCAAUACCAUGUCCUUUAUUUCAUAAAGACAUAGAUAAAAAUAAAUUAAAAACAUGGAGUACAUCCGGUAGUGAAAGCAAAAAGAAAAUUGAUGAUCAAAAAAUUUUAAAAGUAGGUUCUUCUCAAAAAGCAGUAACUUCUGAUAAACGCCAUGCUGUUACUGAGAAAAAAAGCGUUGAAUCCGAAAAAGACGCGAAAAAAGUCAAGAAGAAAAAAAGCGACGAAAGGUUUAAAUUCAAUUAUGGCUAUAAAGGUAUACCUCCGCAAAUUGGACACAGUAAAUGCGCUUUACCAUGUUCAGGAACAUUAGAUAAUGUUCCCAAAAACAUGGGUUGGCUUUGGACUGCUGAAAACGUGCCGGGAUUGAAGUUUCGUCCUAUGUGGAAACCAGGUGCUACAAAUAAGCAUGUUGUAAGAUUAUUAAAGAUAGCUAAAAACCCUGGUGAAAUGAUGUCAAAAAAGAAACGAAAAGAUACAAAUAAAAGAAAACGCCCACUAAAACGUCCUUUACUUAUCGUUCAUAAGAAGGAUGGUGAAUAUACGGUCACAAUGGAGACAAUGAAAAUGUAUUCUAAGCCAAGGGCCUUAAACCAGCAUCCUUAUGAGGAUAAACCUGUCGUGACAUACACUAUAGGCAGAACAGACGAGGAAAAUAAAAAACGUCUUAAGAAAAAAGAGCGUGAAAGAAGACGUCUCGAGAGGGAUCAGCGACGUUUUAUUCAGAGCGCUUUUAAGAAUAUGUGUCAGGAAAUUUGCUUGAAAACAUAUCAGCAAGCUCUUGGUAUUCUGCCUGAUACUGAAGAUCCUAUGUGCUCAUGUUAUCCAGCUAUUCCUAACGAUAAAGUUACAAAUAUGGAUUUAUCGUGUUCCUGCUCGGAAGAUAAAUCCUCUAUUGGCUCUGAUACUGAUUCCGAUGAAUGGCUUGUUGAAUUUACUCCACCUAAUGCUGUCUUUAAUCCUACAUACAAAGGAAAAAAAAUAUUCAAAGUAGACAAUGGUUCACAGUAUACAUAUCUAGAUUACAGAGUUAAGCUUGUAGACAGAUUUGGAAACCCUGUUCCGAGAUUUUUCAAAGGUCCUGAUGGAAAACAACAGUGUAGUGAUUUAGGUGGUUUUUGGAGUCCUGAUCAUAAAUGGUUAGAAAUAAAUAUUGAUGGAUAUAUUGCCCCGGAUGGUAGAUGGGCUCCAAAUAUAUUUAUAGGGCCAAACGGUGAACAAGUUGACGCUGAAACUGGAAAAUUUCAGGCUAUUAAUGGCAAAUGGCUUGUUGUUGGUGUAGAUGGAUACAUUGAUUGUAACGGUAAAUGGAAGUACUAUCCAGCAGCAGUCGGAUCUUCAAAGAAAAAACGUCAUGGUAAUCAAAUCUUAAAGCGAACAUUAGGCGAGAGUAAAUGUGUAAAAUCUGAAACGACUUGGAGCUGUUUCGGAGAAGUAUCUCCCAGACAACUUUCUAAAUUAGGAAUUGUAGGUCAUGGUGGAGAUAGAAAACAACUUAAUUUGACACUACAAGAUAUGCUAGCACGAGGAGAAGAUGUAAAUAUUCUGCAACCAAAAACUGUAUUUCAUCUGCCUUUCAAUAAGAAAAGAAAAAUGUUGCCGAAAGAUAUCAAUAAAAGACGUAUAGUUAGCUUAGAGGAAAAAGUUAAAUGCCAUCAUCCUAUGCCAUCCGAUAAAGGUAUCGUUGCUGUCGACGCUUAUGGUAAUAAAACUUAUUUUAAAUUAAAGAGUCGUAAAAAUUUACGUCCACGAGAACGAUUAUCAGCACUUACAAGCCAGGGUAUAAGCUUAAGUUCGUUCCAUGUUCCAUGCUUUAAUUCUUUUAUUAAUUCGGAAAUAAUGAAACAGCAGUUGCGUUCUCGGCUUCUUGCACAUACGGCCAAAAAUAUUGCGACGCAAGCUUAG